AUGUCGAUUGCCCGUAAUGAUAGACUUGGAAAAAUACGUCCACUUUUCGACAAACUGGAAAGGACGUAUCCAAAAAUAUUUAUGCCUGGAGAACACAUUAUUAUUGAUGAAACACUACACGUAUUAACACCAACAGCUAUUAGCAAUUGUAGGGACAAAUUAAAGAAUCUAAAACAAGGGGCGACAGAAAGUGUACAAUUUUUCAACUCCAGAUUCCGACAAUGGCUCAAUGAAUUAAAUUACGCAGUUCAAAAUGAAAACCGCACACGAACUGAACGACGCGUAGCUAUAGAUAUUGGAGAACGCGAGGCACUUAAAACAUAUUUGCUCAACUUACGAUACGAAAUAGGACAGAUGGUAGUAGCUAGCGAUCCGAAGAACCUGAACCUUGUCCAACAACUAGCAGCUGAUAGAGAACAAUGGUUACGAGAAGCAAAUCGUGUCGCCAACCGCCCAAAGAUCCAAUCUCACAACAUUACAUCAGUAUCUAAGCGAAAUACUAUCGAUCCACGACCACAAACUUUUGCUCAGUUACCUAAAAAGAUUCCAUCUCGAGUAAACCAAACAACAGAGAAUUCAGAGGAAGCUUACCUAGAGUCAACUGUAUCACCAUCAGAAGAUUACUAUCAAUUGUACUGCAACGAAGAGACGGAGGAAGAGUCAGAUUCCUCAUCGAUACCGGAGCAGGAAUCAACCUUAUAG